UGGCAGCUAUCAUUCGUCUUCCAACCAUGAUCCGUUUCAGCCUUUUGUGUCUGGCCCUGGCCGCCUGCGUUUUGGCCGCUAGGAUCCCCCGGGACGCCAAGCCGGAGCCCGAGGCGGAUGCCAAGCCAGAGGCGGACGCCAAGCCCGAGGCGGACGCGGCCCCCGACCCCCAGCGCAGCGAAAAGAAACAGCAGGCCUACACCAGCAAGUUCGACAACAUCGACCUGGACCAGAUCCUGAAGAGUGACAGGCUGCUCAAGAACUACCACAAUUGCCUGAUGGACCGCGGCUCUUGCACCCCUGACGCUUCCGAGCUGAAGAGACUGCUUCCUGACGCCUUGGAAUCCGAGUGCUCCAAGUGCUCCGAGAAGCAGCGCGCGGGUGCCGAAAAGGUGAUCAGGCACAUCAUCGACAACAAGCCCGAACAGUGGAAGGAGUUGGAAGCCAAGUACGACCCCAAGGGAAUCUACAAGCAGAAGUACAAGUCACUGGCCGAGGAAAAGGGCUACAAAGUCGAAUAAGAAGCGAGUCGCAACCGUUUGAGCUGAAAAUGCACCUUGUUUGUGAUCAAAAUUCCCCCUUUUUUUUAGAAAUUUUCAGCUUGAAUGCACCCACCUUCGAAAAAGCCGCUCUCUCUGUCAAACACGAUGUUCCUAAAAACGUUUUUGAUGUAGCCUGUUAGCACGACAGCAAUCUCCAAAUAAUAAAAUGUUCUAAAUUCAUGACGAUCCAUGCCUAGUCGAGUAGGUCGUUUUGUGUAAAUUUCCCGAUCUAUUGCGAUAUGUGUAAUUGCAAACAAUAGCUCCUGAUAUAAUAAAUUAACUGCUUCGACUCACACGUGGCCACGCAUAUCAACUGCUCUCGCGCGAGUUAUAAAAUCGUCCAUCGUUUCGCACUUUCUCUCGUACUAUGUGAUGUAACUCAAAUGUAAAGUAUAUAAAUAUUGAAGGAAAAAUAAAGUUAAUUUGUACACACAA